UUACGUGGUGACGUCAAGGAGCACGUCGACAACUGUGACCCUAUAAAUUGAAGUGGCUCAGGUUACUCUUUAAUAUUGAGCGAAGAGGCACUCCGGUGGAUAUUUAAGUUUCUUUUUAAUCUUUUGGACCUAAACCAACAUGGCGAACGGGCACGUGAAAAUCAACGACAUCUUCUGCAACGACAACGGCCUCACGAGAAGCACACGCUGUGACCCUAAAUCUACCUCAGACACAGAAAGCAUGGAGGACACGGAGGAGUACAGGCUCCUUAUGGCCUACGCAAAGAGGAGGCGGCGGCCGAAAGGGGGUUCAUCUCCACAGGACAAACCGAAUUUAGUAACCGGUGACACAGAUCUGAACAACCACUCGCCUCUGAUGCUGGCAAAGACUGAAAAAGAAAAGGAGAAGAAGACUAAGAAGAAGAGGAAGGGAUGGAAACGUCAUCUGAGCAUUUUCAGCUGCAUAAAACCUCAAACAGAAGAAGUAUUGGAACAGAGCGGAAUAAAUGAGGAGCCGCUUGAUGAUCACGAAAGACGUGCUUACUUUAAAGCUGAUGUAAGAGAAGACGAUGAGCUGAAACAACUAGCGAGUAAGCUGACAAGGAUCGCUGAUGAAAUCCCGUUCCUUCCUCCAGAUCUGGAGCCGGACUCCCCGGCAGAUGAUGUGAAUGUUGAGCGCAUGAUCGGCCUGCUGCUGAGGGAGUCUGGAGACAGACUGAACGAGAGAGAGCUGAAGGAUUCUGGUGUCGGCAUACAACUUUUCGGGAACUACGAUUUCUUCAAAUUGCUAAUCUCAACCCUUCUCAUGAGGAUGGGCCUCAAGAGCCCCAACCCCGACUCUCCAGGGCCAAAAGCAUCUCCCAAAACUCAGAUCGCUGUGAUGUGUGAGAUCACCUGUCGUCUGUCAGCGGUCAACACGCUGCCCGGGAACCAACUACUGGGCCACGGAGCCAGAUAUCUGCAGCAUAAUUAUGCAUCCUGGGUACAGCAGCAGGGCGGAUAUGAGACCGCCUUUUACAGUGAUGAUGAGGACGACAUUCAGUGAACAGAAAGUUCACGAAGGCUUUUAAGAUUGGCACAAGUAACAAAUUCAAACUCAGGAUUAUUUGCCACUUCCGUUUACAUGCACAUAAAACCCAGAUCUGACGAGCGUUAACAUAUCUGCUGCUGCCUGCGUUAGAAUCUUAUUGAAUCAUGUUAAUCGGGUUUCUUUUACAUAAAUAAUUAUAUUGUUCAGGUCUCUUUUUCCUUUUUAAGUCUUAAAGGAACCCUGAGCCAAUGAUGAAACUAUUUUAGUAUGAUAUUAAGUGUUUCAUAAAUUAAUUAGUCUUCUUGUUUUUACGGGAGAUGAAGGGUAGCUUUAGCAAUUUUAAAUGAACAAUAUUUAUGCUGUAGUUUUGUGGGAAACAAAAUGCAUUUUCUUAAGACUAAUAUAUUUUGUAGCACUUGCACUUUUUUUAAUGAAAGGUUAUUAAUAUGUUGAGGGAUGCACACAGAGCUGUAAUGGUGUUGGUUCUGGCAUUUCAGGUUAUGUUAUUUUAUUUUGUCUAAACUUUUGUCCAAAGUUACCAAAGAAACUUUUUUACUGUCUGAAUUAUGCAUGAAUGCUUGCAUGACUAAAAAUAAACUUUAGUCAUUGUAAUUCAACCCCAGCA